UCUGUCCUGCACCGCAGCCACCCCCGGCCCCCCACCUCUGAAGUCAGCCGCCGGGGCUCGUCCGACGGCAACCCCGGGGAAGCGCUAGCGAGGAGGGGCUGCGAGCCGAGCAGAAGCCCCCGACUGCUCAAGCUCUCGUGACCGCCUCUGUUCUGGGGUUCGGAGAGGGCCCGUGCGCUGCCCGGGGAAGCAAUGCAAGUCUCCAUAGCCUGCACAGAGCACAAUUUGAAGAGUCGGAAUGGUGAGGACCGACUUCUGAGCAAGCAGAGCUCCAACGCCCCCAAUGUGGUGAACGCAGCGCGGGCCAAAUUCCGCACGGUCGCUAUCAUCGCGCGCAGCCUGGGGACGUUCACCCCUCAGCAUCACAUUUCUCUCAAAGAGUCCACCGCCAAGCAGACUGGCAUGAAAUAUAGGAAUCUUGGGAAAUCAGGACUCAGAGUUUCGUGCUUGGGUCUUGGAACAUGGGUGACAUUCGGAGGUCAAAUUUCAGAUGAGGUUGCUGAGCGGUUGAUGACCAUCGCCUAUGAAAGUGGCGUUAAUCUCUUUGACACUGCUGAGGUCUACGCCGCUGGAAAGGCUGAAGUGAUUCUGGGCAGCAUCAUCAAGAAGAAAGGCUGGAGGAGGUCCAGCCUGGUCAUAACAACCAAGCUCUACUGGGGUGGAAAAGCGGAAACAGAGAGAGGAUUGUCAAGAAAGCACAUUAUUGAAGGAUUGAAGGGCUCCCUCCAGCGGCUGCAACUGGAGUACGUGGAUGUGGUCUUCGCCAAUCGCCCAGACAGUAACACCCCCAUGGAAGAGAUUGUUCGAGCCAUGACACAUGUGAUAAACCAAGGCAUGGCCAUGUAUUGGGGCACCUCACGGUGGAGUGCUAUGGAGAUCAUGGAAGCCUAUUCCGUGGCAAGACAGUUCAACAUGAUCCCACCAGUCUGCGAACAAGCUGAGUAUCACCUCUUCCAGAGAGAGAAGGUGGAGGUCCAGCUGCCAGAGCUCUACCACAAAAUAGGGGUUGGUGCGAUGACAUGGUCUCCACUUGCCUGUGGAAUCAUCUCAGGAAAAUAUGGAAACGGGGUGCCUGAAAGUUCCCGGGCCUCACUGAAGUGCUACCAGUGGUUGAAGGAAAGAAUUGUGAGUGAAGAAGGCAGAAAACAGCAAAACAAGCUGAAAGACCUGUCCCCGAUCGCCGAGCGCCUGGGCUGCACACUACCUCAGCUUGCCGUCGCCUGGUGCCUGAGAAAUGAGGGUGUGAGCUCCGUGCUCCUGGGAUCAUCCACUCCGGAACAACUCAUUGAAAACCUCGGUGCCAUUCAGGUUCUCCCGAAGAUGACAUCCCACGUGGUAAAUGAGAUCGAUAACAUAUUGCGCAACAAGCCCUACAGCAAAAAGGAUUAUAGAUCAUAAGGCAAUGCAUGAGCCUCAGAAGCUGCAUGGUUAAAUAGUGGCCUGUAGCCAGUACAGAACCGUGUUACUAGCCAGUUUUCCGAUCACUUAGCAGCUUACUGCUCAACCUCUAGCGUCCCUGGAUCCUCUGAGGUGUCUGCUGUCACUACCACUGUGCACCUGAAUUGUGAGCACAUCUGAAAAUUCACAAUCAAGAAAUGCCAUUCUAUUUUCUUAUCUCGGACUGGAGUCGCCGACCUUUGCAUUGCUCGGUACACCUGCUGCUUAUGCAAUGGUGCGAACGGGGAAAAGCUGAUUGCUUCAGGCGCUCGGUGGUUGAAAGGCGGCUGUACAGAUCUAUUUUUUCAAAGAACAAAAUCCACAGAUGCAGUAUGAAGUGUGUAAGAAACAGUGGGAUAUCUUUACUCAGAAACAAUUUUGCACUUUUCCCAUUUUCACAUUCACAUUAGCAGGUUUUGUUUCACUUGUCUUUCAACAAAACCGCAAUUUCUAGGUUAUCUGCUUUCAUUACCUUUGAAAUAUUUACUGUUGCUUGGCCCUGUACAAUUUACCCAGGGUGUCUAUUAGGAUUCUAAUAAUGUUAUGUCCUCCAUUUAUGUGUAGAGAUGGUAAAAGAAUGAAUGGCCCUAAUUUUAGAAACAUUAUGGCUAAUUUAUGAAAGGGAAGGUGUUACACUGCUGUGGAAACUUAGCUUCGAAUAAAAUGUAUUGUAUCUGCAAUUAAGUGUUCACUUUUUACAUUUUAUUAAAACCCACUUUAUACUUUCAAUUGCUUGUAGGCAAAACUUCUGUAAGUUUAAAUAUUUGAGCUUUAAAAGUAAUACACAUGCUCAGUUUUGUAGAUAAACCUGUAAAAUAACCAGAGAGACAAAGUGUUCACUGUUUAACUAGUACUGAGAUUUUUCAAUGUUUGGUAGUACUGCAAAGUGAGUAACAUGGAAGUAAAUCUUAGGCUUUUCUCAGAGUAUGCUGGGUGAAUUAACUUGCCCAGUGAAAAGCAGAAUGCUCAAGAACGUGUCCUAAUUCUAUAACCACAGUAUAUGCAUUAAACCAUAUGCAUGAAAGCUCUCUGCAUGGAUAAUAGGGGCUCGGCCUGCUGCACUCGGCAUCUGAGGUAUGUCUAGCCCUGGCACUGCUGGCUACUCAUAAAUAUCCCAUUUGAGAAAACACAAGACUAUACUGGGGCGGCGGGUUAUCUGUGAAAGAGAAAACAUGGUUUUCUUUUUCAGGAGGAAGGGAAAGGUAGGAGUGAGGGCAGUUCUUCAAUGCUAUUUGGACACCUGCCUAUGUAUGAAAUCCUAAUUCAUCUGGCCAACAGGUUCCCCAUACAGAAAUCACUUUUGAGAUUUACAAGAAAAAUUGUCUUAAAAUCCUAUUUUCUGUCAUCAUUUCCAGAUGUGUAUUUCACAGUUAAGUUUUAAUCCUUAAAAUGUUAGCUGGAGCUAUCACCAAACUUUCUUUUUGGUUACUACCAUCUGUAUGCUAUUGGGGAGUUUGUGGUUUUGCCUACAGGUAGCGGACUGAUGGAAAUGGACUUCUUCAGUUGUUCAUUGUGUAGUCAACCCAGUGAACCACUGUGCAUCUAAAUGAGCUGAGGAGCUGUCGAAUGGGAAAUGCAAUUUACUUGCUUAGAGUAAUAAAAGCAUUUUG